AUGGCUGUAGUAUAGGAGGAUGGGUAGAGUGAUUAAUUGAUAAGAAUUAAUAGGAAUUCUAUCAAAAUAAAACCAUAAACGAGAUGUAUAGUGUUUUGAAAAUACUCGCAAAAUACUUUUGUAUAAAAUGUAAAUGAAAUCUGUAGUGUAGUUAUAAAAAUGCUGAACGUGACGGAGGGCCCGGUGGCGCAGCGCUGGAACUCCACGCUGCUGGAGGACGUGAAGAUCGACAGCGACUUCGCGUUGCUGGUGGUGUCGCUCAUAUCGGCGGUGUUGUGGAUAGUGUACAUCACCUACUACAACAGCCGCGUGCUCGGCUACAUCCUCACCCGCCUUAUCAAUAGGUUCUAUUUCCAAGAUGAAAACUUCAAAAUUGGCUCCUUCACCCUCAACGCACUCUCCGGCAAGAUCAUGUUCCGCGACAUUGUGUACGUGACCUACGACUAUACGCUGCGCGUGCAGGACGGCUACCUCAUCUUCCGCUGGUGGCGCAGCUAUGUUCCCAAGGAUGUUAGUGAAGACUUAUCCCACUCGGACACCCGCCUCUCCAUAAUGCUGAACGGGUUUGAGCUGCACGUGUACAACCGCUGCGAGCUGUACAGCGAGCUCGAGAAGACGUUCGGGCUGGAGCCGCUGGUGAAGCUGCAGCAGGACGACGCGGGCCGCGAGCGCGCCAUGAACCACGCCAACGAGAAGAGAAGGCGAGCGCAAGACACAGUCAGGUCCGAGGCCGCCAUGGCAAGGACCUGGAGAGACCUCAUCCCCGUCAUUAAAAUAGAUAUCACCACCUCCCGCAUCGUCUUCGGCAACCGUUUAGUCCCUACAACUCUUUCUAUCAGCGUCGAGGAAUCACAUCUGGUAUACAGCACCAAACCGCCCGCAUCCAGCCUUGACCAUCUCAUGCACUUCGUCAAGGCGAAGGCGGAGAACUGUAAAGUUAUGUUAGCCCCUAGUCCGAACUACACUGCCAUGGUAGACGAGCCACCGAGAUAUAUGGGAGAGGGCUUUGUUGUUAUGAGUUCUAAUUACAUAGAGGUGUAUUUUUAUAUGGACGAACCGGGUUUAGUACCGGAACAGCCCGUGCUGCUACGGUUAGCUAACGGAGAUGUCGUGGAAUCGGCGCCACCAAUCUGGGGAGUGGACAUUAAAUGUGGGAAAGGAACAGAUUUCAGCUAUGGGCCGUGGGCGGACAGGCAGAGGGAUCACCUGUUCAAAUUUUUCUUUCCACCCAAUUAUAAGAGUUUAGAAGUGACCCCGCAGCCGAAACCGGGAGAUCUAAGGCAGAUGCAGUCCUUCGAUAUUAGGUUGUCGACGCUGAACGAGGCCACCAUCGACAUACUGUUCACGAAGAAUAAAGAAACGAACGCCGUACAUAUAAACAUCGGCGCCGGCUCCUACCUGGAGGUGACCCUGCCCUGGAUUGUGCUGCAAGACGGAUACACUACGAAGAUAACCGGCCAGCUGCUGCAUCUAGAGGCCACCACCAGUUUGCAGUACAGAAGCUUGGCAGAAAGCGAAACGCUGGAGUACACGGUGAAGUGCCACUACCCCCUUGUAUGGAACCACCACCAGUGCUGGCAGCUCGGCCUCACAGGCUGCAAGGCCACCGCCCACCUGGUCUACACGCACAUCGACUUCAUCCAGGACCUCAUCAACGACUGGUCCAACAAGUCCCGUCCGGACAUACUCCACUUCGUUCCUUACACGUGGAAGAUCUCCCUGCUGCUCAAGGAAUGCGAAGUGGUGACCGUCAGCAAUCAGUACAACUGGAUAGACUGCAGCUCCACGAACCAGGAGAAUAACCACGUGGCCUUCUGCGGCGACCUGCUGGACGUGUCAUUCGAUCUGCCCUUCGUGGACUUCCUGCCCGACGUCAUCCCGCUGAAGAUCUGGAUCCAGGGCGAGGCCGUCGACAUGAGCCUGUACCUGCCCGAGGUCAACACGUCCCGGCCGCUGCUGCUGUCACUGGACAAGAACAUGAAGCUGGUCCCGUGUCGGCUAAAAGCGUCCAAAUGGAGGAGAAAGUGCGUUAAAUCCCAGGGCUGGGUGGAGUGCUGGUCGGUGCCGAUAGUGGCGCUUAGCGUGCGCUACAACUACCACCCCAUCGCGCCGCUCGGGCCCGAGCCUCAAGCGGACAUCACCACACCAGAGAAAGAGGAAAUCCUUCUAUCUCCCAUGAGAAUACCUCGGAUGAGGAAGCAGCCGCCCAUGAACUGGACGAUGGACGGCAACGCGUUCGACCGCACGUCGCUACCGCCCGACAAGGUCAGCGUCGAGCUCGAGGUGGGGCCCUCCAUCCUGCUCGCCUACGGCACCAUUAUCACCAGCUUCAUGAAUUUACUGGAGAACAUCUUCGGAGAGGACCAGACUUUCACGGACAUGCAGAAGACCCCCAACUUGGAGACGUUUUUCUGGUCCAGCGAGAGCACUCCCAAGCCGGAUCGGAGUAGCAUCAAUCAGCACGGAGACAUAUCCCUCGAUAAUACCAGUGAGUCAAGUAAAGAUGCCUUCGACCCGCGGCGAUAUCGACCUUUGGACGUGACCGUGUCGAUAAUAAUACACGACAUCCAGGCACAUUUAGUAAAGAAUUGCAGCGAAAACGAACCUCCCUGCCCGGUUAUACUGAUUGAGAGGUUCGGCUUCGAAAUGGAUAAAAACUUCAAGGAGACUAAGAUGCAACUCCUUCUGAGCCCCUCUAUAUUGGUUUCGGCAAAUAACCUAUCGCGAACCAACCCGAAUAAUUCCGGAGCUCUAUAUCAGGGCCAUCUGAUGCUCUCGUCUUUCCAGUUACGGGGGCACGGGUUCUUCAGCGACACCAACCGAUCUGUCGAAGAAGAUACCAUAGAGUACGCGUGGAUGAUGGAGCUUCAGCUCGGUCAGCUGACCGGUCGCUUGACUCUUCCGCAGCUCUACCAGAUCGUGUCAUCCCUUGAGACCUUUCUACUCCUCAUCACAGACAGUGAAAAUGAACUAAUUCCGCCUAAUUCAACAAAACAGUGCCACCACGGCAUGAACAGCAACAUUUGUCCGGAGACGGACGUGGGGCUGAAAUACCGGUGCCCGACCACUAACGAGAUCAAAUACAAGAUGAUCCGUGUCGCGAUAGACUUAAUAGACAUUUACAUCGCGGACACGAAUACUACGCUUCAAACGUGGAUUUCUCCAGUGAGACUAAGUUUGUGCAACCUGCACGGCGCCGGGUUCGGGAACGGGCUGACGGGUCUGCUGCCGAACAUGAAGCUGGCGCUGUUCACGCAGACCAACAUGCAGAGCAACUCGCACCAUGCCUCUAACGGCAGCAACACCAGCCAGAACAAACUGCCUGAAAGUGAGAACUGGGUCGGCGUGGGGUCUGUAUCUCUAGGCCCAGUUUUACUUGAAGCGGCUUCAUCAUUACCACAGAGUCCGAGGAAUCUGCACUUAGUGCAGCAGAAAUUCUUGAAGCUCCACGACGAGAAAACUAAACGGCUGUGGUUCAUGUGGCCCAAUGAAGGCAAGAGCGCCCUGUGCGGCUGCAUAGGCGGCUGUGCAUUCUUCGGAUCCAAUAGGAACGGAGCGAACUUCUUGAAGCCGAAUCCUUCAGAUCUCCAGGAUGGCAUCAACGUAGCGAUGUUUAACAUAAUGGACACAACGCCCGGCGAGUACGGCUACGGACAGAGCUUGCUGCACCCCGGCCAGCUCGUGUUUCACACCCCGCCCUACGACAGCCUCAACGUUUGCCUACAGCCGUCUAACACCUCCACUCUGAUCCCGUCACCGCUGCCGCAGAACCUUAACAAAUCCCCACAGAGUACAGAACGUAGAAGUUUAACCCGACGGUUCUCGUACACCAGUAUGGGCAAAGGUAGCAGCAACGUACUAGUAUCGAGCACCAAAAGUGAUGUCCCCUACGCCCGCUUGGUCGACUCCACGGUGCCUCUAGGUAGCACAAAAAUCGACAGCGAUUCUAAACUCCACAAGAGCAUACUGAGUGUCCCUCAGAUGGAGAGCAGCGUCUCUGAUUCAAAGUUAGCUCUAAGCUGCACAGUGAAAGACAACACCAACCUGAACAAGAAAGUGCCCGCGCAUACGGACGCCGAAUCGUUUGUGGUCCCGAAAGUGCCUACGCGAAGCGUCGCCGUGUCCGAGUCUCAUUACUCGUUGAACUCGCACCCUGCGCCGCACGAGGAAGCCAUUCCCCUGGAAGUGCAGAGAACCAUGUCGAUUACAAGUGAGAACCACUCGGAAGCCUUCUUCUCCGCGGACGAGGAUAUGUUCCCGAGCCGAUCCUCGAGUCUAAAGCAUUCCUUCGGUAGCCGCCACAGCAACCCUAAAGACAAGAGCUCCUUUGGCAUCAACGACAUCACGAACGAGAAGUGGACGAACUCCAUGCCGAGGUCGGAACCCGUGGACGGUCCGGACACGAUGAGCAACUUGAGCACGGGUGCUCAGCCGGACUCCGAAAGUGGUUCCGUAUCGUCCACCUCUUUCAUUUCCGCCAUUUCUUCGCAGGAAGACAUGACGCUGGUAAACCUGCACAUGCAGACCAACAAGCCCAUCGUGGACUCUCCUCUCUUGAUGGCCAGCUACAUGCAAAACCUUCCACAGUACAAAUGCACCAACUGGGGCACCUGUUCCCUUCCGAGCGGAACCGAUGUCUUCACAUUACCGUUGUUUAAACGCGCGGAGGACGGCUCAUUGAUAUACGUGGGCCAGAAAUAUUUGCCCAAGUUCGAGCCUUUCGGAAAGAAUCAUAUCAUGAAGCUAGUCUCCAAGAAGGAGGGUCACACGAGCCAAACUCAGCACGGACCUUUUUCAAAUUUAACUCCACACUUCAAUAACCAAAUCAAGGCUCAUCCAUACCCACAAGGUUGGUGGGACUUACAGCAAAACAUGGAUAACCAAGAGAACAAGGAACAGAGUACCUCUUCGACGGCAACCACUACGAGCGACAGCAAAAGUGGUCUGUCCGUAAAACUGCGAGGAGAAAUCGACAUCAUGCUCACUCCUCUAGUCCUCGAGAGCACACAGAGAUUCGUCGAGUCUCUCACUCCUGUUCUAGCGAACAUACAUCCCAUAACCGUGAUCAACCAUCUGCGACUGCUCUGUAUCUCAUCGGUGCAGAGCGCAAACAUCUUGAAACAGAAGCAGUACGCCUCCAACUGGCUUCCAUACAUGCAAUCUCGUAACCAGUCUAACAUAGCCAUGGAUAAGGACGACAAAUGUAAAUUAGCUACUAUUACUCACUCAAACGUGUACGAAGAAACAAUUUGUGACCAGCUCCAAGCCACAGUCACAGUUCCGAAAGUAAACGUAAUCUUCAUUCAGUCUUCAGUGGUCGAAGACAUGAUAUCGUUCUCGGCGUUAGAUAACAUUCAGGACUUAACGUGCGUGUCUCUCUUCGGCGUGUCAGUAGAGAACAUCACGGCGAAAUACGUAAGCUCGAAGAAGACGCUGGAAUCUGUACAGUUAUACUACAGACCGACGCUUCGAGCGCUCGGCAGCAAGAAGUCAUUCGGUAUAAUGAAGGGUCUGGGUGGAAGGGCGCUGAUCUCCGCGCAGGGCAGCGGCAGGAAGAGGGGUCCGGAGAGAGGAGACCCCGUAUACAUUGAGACUUCGCAGCAACAGUGCGAGGACACUACCAUCACGCUCAAUGUUGGCAAGGUGCACGGACAACUGAGACGCAUCCGCAACGACCCGUCCCAACUGAAGGACGCGACCAUCACCGGCAUCCCUUGCCAGCACUCCAAGGUCGCCUUCAAGUUCAUCAAGGCGGACCCCGGGGCCAAAACGUGCGAGGCUGCGUGCUGCCAGAACGGCGCAACAGACGCGCAGAAGGAGAAUGCCAUCGGCUACAUCAUGUUCGAGUGCGGCCUCGAGGGCAUCACCGUCAAGGUAUCCCAACACGCCCAAACCCACAAAUCAGAUGAAAAACCCAAACCCGAGCCGGAGAGUUGCCGGGAAUCCGUCAAAUCCGCGGAGGAACUGAAGCCAGACAAAGAGAAGACUAAACCUAGGUCGUCCGGCAUCGAGGACCUGUUCAGGAAGCGGGACUCCAACUCCAAGCCCAGCACUCCCAACCUCAACACCGCGCAGCCCGCGGCCCCGCCUCCGCCGGGCCCAGAACCGUCGACGCCCGGGCCAGAGGAGCCGUCCACCGACAGCCAGACGGCGGUGGUGCCGCUCAAGGACAACGGCAACUCGUCCUCCUGCGCCGUCGACCUCAAGCUGGUGUGGUUCAACUUCGCCGCGCCGCCGCGCACGCCCAUCACCAAGAAGAUCGACUACACCAGACUGGACUGGAACCUCCUAAGCACGGCAUCGCCGGCCAUCAACGCGUGGAUGAACCCGUGCAACCGGCUCGGCAUCCGCGCCGUGGCGCUGUACCGGGCGCACGCGCGGCGCCUCACAGCGACGGCGGCUAGUUUAAUGGCGGCAGCGUUGGAUCUGGCUCCACACCACACCCUGCCCAAGAGCCGCUACGGCCGCCACACACCGAUGGCCAAGCAACUCCGAGAGGAGCCGUCGCUGCAGCUGUGCUGCGUGCUGCUGCGGUACGCGCUGCAAGCUGACGCGGCGGCAGUGCAGGCAGACCUGGCCGAGAGACAUCUGCCCAAACUUUCUACGUUACGACAGGGCGUGAUAGUCCUCAGCCGUCAGUGGAAGAACAUCCUAUAUACGCCGUUACUACUGGAACACAACUACAAGAGCAAAGUUAUGAAGCCCCUCAACGUGACCUUCGCUCUGCCGGAGCUCAUUGAGGACUCGGUAGAAGGCUGGCAUGAGUACCAGGUGGACAACGAGGUCCUGGACGAGAACUGUCUGCUGCUGAACCUCGACACCGACAAGAUUGAGGUGCCCGCGCGCGCGGCGGGCGGGCGCGGCAGCCUCGCGUUCCCUUCGCUUCCAUUUUCGACGCGCAAGCCAACAUUCCAUGAUGACGCCAUCGCUAAUUACGGCACGCUGAAGGAAGACUUCCCGGCGGUGGGCUCGAACCCGUCGCUGUACUCGCCGCACGGCUCCGACGACAACCUCAGGAACGACCGCGCCAGGGAGGACCUCUACCAGUGGAUGGCCAAGCAGGAACCCAUCAAAGUUGAGUCUAAGACGAAGAAGCCCAUGAUCCCGGCCUCAAAGAUGAACCCCCGCGCCAUGGCGGCCUCUCUCCCGGCCUGCAGCCUCUACCCGCUCCAGGGCUCUCUGAUGCUGCUGGACGCGCACCUGGUGUUCCAGCCGCUGCUGGGCGCGCUGGGCGUGUGUCCGCAGCAGGUGGCACAAGGCGAAUCAAAGAACAAGUCCGGCGCAGAAGGCUCGAGUGCCUCGCCAGCGCUGGAAUCCCUUGGGUCCAAGCUGUCCCUGGGCGGCAUCAUCGACGUGUUCCGCAUCGACAUCGUCGUCAGCGAGCUGAAGCCGCGCCGGCACCCGCCCAAGGGGAAAGGUCAGCCUUCGCACAUCGACAUCCCCUCUGAAACGCCAGCUUUCCUCUGCGAGAAAGUCUCCAUCGACGUGGACCUGAAGAAAGUCGCCGACAUGGCGGUGGACGACCUCAUACAGCGUCAGAAUGUGCUCUAUAUAUCAAGGGGACAGCUUAAGAAACAUAUCAGCACUAUGCUCAACUUCAACAUCAGCGUUCGAUUUAUAUCACAGCAGGUGAACAUGCCGCUGCUACGCCUGCUACACCAGAUCAGCAACAUGUACCAGAACGUGAAGGACACGCAGACCGAGCUGCGCACGCAGACCAAGAUCUCGCACCGGCAGAGCAAACAUGCUGCUGACUCUGACACGUCAGUUUCAGACUUCCGCGAGAACCUCGUGAGCGUGUCCUCCCUCGACAAGGAGAGUCAGUACGCCACCCUCGACCCCAAGUGGGAGCUGCGCACCCCCACGCCCAACCCCGAGGCCGUGCCGCCGGCGCUCAGCCAGCAGAAGCUGCCUGGAGGGAAGACCAGGCCGCAGAGCUUCGCGCAGAAGCUGAGGUCCACGGGGAAGAGCGUUAAAGGAAAAUUGGGCUACAGCUCGCUGAAUGAGGGCGCGCACACGCCGUACGCCGCUCGGGAGCCGGACAUCGAGGUGCGGCCGCGGCGUCCGCCCCCCCUCCCCGGCCUCACCCCCCUCCCCCCGCUGCCCGCCCUCCCCGCCCUCCCCCCGCUGCCCGACGACGGCUCGCUGGCGCCGCGCUGCUGGCGCACCGUGUACUCGCUGCUCAGUCUGUACGCGGACAUGCCGGAUGCGCACACUAUUACACACAGGUUUUCAGUGACGACGGAGCUGCCAGAACAGUACCGAACGAGCCGUCCCGCUCGACCCAGCUCCCGGGAACAGAACACCAGCAACUCUUCAUCCAGCGGUGCGGGGAUGGGCAUCGUCGUCAUGGGAGUCGCUAGGAUCCAUCGAACCCGACUCCUGGCCUCCCUGUCCGGCUUGAAGCUAGAAGCGGAGAUCACGUCGCUGCACGCCUCGCUGCAAGCGUCCCGCGCGCGCCAGUGGUCGCUCACGGGCGUGGUGGGCCGCAGCAUGAUCGUGCUGCUGGAGGGCGGGGCUCCCAAUCAUCAGACGGUGGUGCGAGUAUCGGUCGGCAAAUCUCAGGCGCUGUACUCGUGGGAGGCCGGGCGGGGCGGCUCGGGCGCGGCCGCGCUCGGCACGGUGGGCGGCGUGCGCGUGGACCUGCCGCAGCACCCCGUGGCGCUGCACGGCGUCAUGACGCGCUCCAGCCGCCAGCUGUCGUCCACGCUGCAGGAGCUGGGCGUCACGCGCACGGCGUCGCGCCUGUCGCGCGGCGCCGACGCGGACGACGACGGGGCGGGGCCGCGCAGCCCGGGCCCGCAGCCCGCCGCCGCGCCGCGUCCCCGCCCCGCGCCGCUGCUGCCCGCGCCCCGGGUGCAGUUCAAAGUCGGCCUGCAGAGUCUCAGCAUCACGGCGGCUCUGCUGCCGUCGCUGCAGGCCCAGUACAAGAUGGAGCACGUGCAGAGUUCGGGCGUCACCGGAAGGAAGGCACAUUUUACAGUAGACCUGCCGCAACACUCGCUCAGCUUCGUCACUAAGCUACAGGUAUCGGAAGCGAACAUCCCGUCGUCAGCCAUCGUGGCGCUCCCCGCCGCUCACGUGGCUGCCCGCGUUUUAGAAGAUGCACCCAAUGGACAGGAGGCGCCCGAGGCGCCGGACGCGCCCGGCGUGGUGCUGCGCGCCGGGCGCUACCUGUACGCGACGGCCGACAUCGGCCUCUUCGAGCACACGCUGUCCACCGACCUGCUCAACCAUCUGGUCUUUGUGCAAAAGGUUUUCAUGAAAGAAGUAAACGAAGUGGUCCAGAAAGUGUACGGCGGUGAGAAGCCCGUGCCGCUGUGGAACGAGGAGGAAGCUUCUACUUCAGCACUCAACAGGAUACUCUUCUCUUUGCUUAUUAGGAUCAAGCGUAUCCAGCUGACAGCGACGACCCCGAGCAACUCGGCGGUGCGACUAGAAACCGGGGCGGUGGAGUUCGAGCUGUCCAACCGCGUCCAGAACGUGCAGCCGGCUGAACCACAUUCACUGAGGCUGUUCGCCCGCGCUCAGGUACUAAUGUCCUGUCAACAGCGUGUCCAACUGACAGCGACGACCCCGAGCAACUCGGCGGUGCGACUAGAAACCGGGGCGGUGGAGUUCGAGCUGUCCAACCGCGUCCAGAACGUGCAGCCGGCUGAACCACAUUCACUGAGGCUGUUCGCCCGCGCUCAGGUGGAUCUGAACUUGAGUUUAGGGCAGCUGAUCCGCAACGCCAUGUUCGAAGAGGCCGAGCCGGAGUUCCAGCAAUACGCCUUCUUCAACACCAGAAUAGCCAUGCGCAACGCAUUCCAAGAGGAGAUGGUGAGCGGCGAGGACAAGGAGGUGGUGCUGAUCACGCUGAAGCGGCCGCUCAUAUACAUCCAGCCCGUGGCCGUGGACCGAGCCAUCCUCGUGUGGCUCAACUACAAGAAUGCCUAUGAGUACUGGAACGAGAAACGACUCAACCUCAACAAGGAGGUGCUUACUGCGACUCAACAGGUCUUCGAGAAGGUCCAACUGACAUCCCAAAUAACGACGCCGCACGUCAGCACCCUGUUCCUGCAGCUCAACGUCGACGACAUCGGGAUAUGCAUACCGCUCAACCAACCACCUGUGGCAACGUGGGGCCGCGGAGUGUACGAGUGUGAGUCCCGCGGCGCGGUGGUGGUCACGCUCGAGAGUACCAGCAUCUCUGCGUGUUCGUCGGGGUCGCUCGUCAGCAAGGGCCGCUUCGUAGGCCUCUGCCUGCGCUUCGCGGACGACUUCGAGACGUCCCUCGACGACUGGAAGCCCGACCCCGACCAGAGCGCCAUCAACGUGUGCUGCGUGUCUGAAGGGACAUAUGAAGUGUGCAGCCGAACCACCGCCUCCAAACACAACGAGAACGCGAAAUGGUUCCUAAACGUUUCCUGGCAGAUGGAGGGCGUGGACAUCCACCUCGACGUGAACGUCGGGAAACAGCUUUCCGCUCUGGGUCACACGCUCACCAUGCUUACAGGUUUUGAAGAAGAAGAUCCUCUCAAAAUGGACUAUGAAAGCGAUUUGGACGACGAGGCAGACAAUAGCAAAGAUUCACAGGAGAGCAUAAUCCUCCGGCGGAAAUACACCGAUCACCUCCCGGCCUUCGUGUUCGACAACACCAUCGACGCCAAGAAGCGCUCCAAGCUCAUCGAGAAGGAGAUGAACGAGCAGGCCAAGAUCAUCAACGAUCUCCGGACCCUGGGCGCCAGCCACAGCACCAUCGAGUACGAGAUGAAGAGGCUGCACGACCUCGAGGCGCUGGUCUUCAAGGACUUCAGACGAGACAUGAUCCAGAAGCUCCGGCGACAGAGCGUGCGCGCGAGCACCAUCACCAAGGGCAAGCUCGGGCUCGGCUCCAACCGCUCGCGCUCCUUCGUCGCCCCGGAGCCGCCCAUGGACUUCCUGGAGAUGGAUGAACCGAAUCUGAUGACGGGAAAUGUCGGUGACUCCGGGGAGACUCUCCUGCUGGGCGACGAAGACAACCGGUUGGCCGACAUCAUAGAGGGGGGCUCCUGGAGCUCCAUGGAGAGCGAACCUCUCACGGGUCCGUCGCGCUCGGCGUCGCUCCGCGGCCACUGCUCGAGCGGCGCGCGCUCCGUGACGUUCCAGCCGCCGCCCGUGCAGCGCCAGAGCUCGCUGCCCGCGCAGCCCGACCACUGGCCGCCGCCGCACGACGCCCAGCAGAGAGACCCCGUGCAGCUGCGGCGCAGAGAGGGAGCGCCGACGUCAGACGCCGCGGGUUCGGAUGGGAAGGGCGGCAAGGCGAAGACGGCGGAGCCCAACAUCGACUUCGAGCUGGACGUGAAGGUGCACAUCAACAGCGGGAAGUGCGUGCUGCACACCAAGGAGCCCUCCAAGGAUGACGAUCUUAAGAUCGGCGGGUCGCGCAUGCGCUCGACGCGCUCGGCCGCGGGCGGGGCGGGCGCGGGCGGGGGCGCGGGCUCGGCGCCGGGCUCGCCGGGCGCGGGCGCGCGGCGCGGCAAGCCGCCGCCCCGCCACCCGCCGCCCCCCGACCUCACCGUGUUCCGAGUGCCCGGCCUCCACCUCCAGGUCCACUACGAGUCUAAGACGAUCCCCGAGGACUCGGCGUCCCCGCUGGCCCCCCCCGCGGCUCCCCCCGGCCCGCCCGCGCCGCGCAAGGGCAUCAAGAAGGCGGCGCUGUUCGCGUGGAUCACGGUGCAGAGCAUCCCGGAGGAGACCGUCAUCAGCCCGCACAUCCUGGAGUUCCUGGAGCAGACGCUCGAGCCGAUACCGACGAAGGCGUCCUUCGCGGCGCCCACUCCGGAAACGGAGACGGGCGACCGCUCUCAGUCGGCGGAGGGUGCAUCAUACGGACAAUAUGUCUACGCGUCCUUCCCCGUCGACGUGAUCGUGCAGUUCCACAUGCAGCCCUCCACCUUCCGCUUCUCCUGUCUCCCGGCCUCCAGGGUCGAGUGUCUGCUGCAGCUGCCUUCGCUGAGGAUCGUGUUCAGCUCCAAGCGCGCCGUGGAUGAGGCCGGUCUGCCAGCAGUGGCGAUGGGCGGCCUCAGCGUAACGGGCUGCCUGGCCGACUUCUCCGUGUACAUCUUCCACCCCUACGGCGGCAAGAAGUCCAGCCUGAAGGAACCGCAGUGGUCGCCGUUGUCAGACACUGAGCGGAAAGACUCGUUGAGCAUCAACGUGGAGUUUGUCAAGUUCCACCUGUCGCGGUCGAGGAAGUUGGACUUCCAGACGGAGCAGGAUCAGUCCAAGGCUACUGUGAGGUUUUCAACCAUCGUGGACGUAGGCUCCGCGUGGUUCAAGUACGACAUGCGCCGGCUCGGGGAGAUCCUCGCCUUCCCCAAGGCGUGGUACCGGCGGACCAUCGUGCGCAGGAUGUUCCUGGGAGACCUCAACGUGGAGGCCAGGCCGGCAAGCAACAACGUACCGAUAUCCCCUGUUCUACCACAAAGAGAGAAGAAGACUUUAGACAUACAGAAACCCAAAGACACCGGCGCGACGACGGCGGGCAACGCCGCGUGGGAGACGCUAGUGCUGUUCGCGGUCAACUUCAACAAGCUCAACGUGCACAUGAACAUGGGCAAUGUCAUGGGCAACGUCAGUUGGCAGAGCCGCGACUUCAACUGCACGGGGCGGCUCAGCAUUGGCAGCACCGGCCACCGCAACAUGCUGGUGGGCGUGGCCCUGGCCGGCUCCACGCUGGACGCGCGCGGCGGCAUCGUGGGCGGCGCCAUCUCGCUGGCCGACAUACACACAUACGUGCACAUAGAAGAAGAGCCCGGUUGCAACCCCGGCCACACUUGCGGGGUCCGCCUGGCCGCGCUCGAGCUGCGCCUGGAGUACAUGGGCACGUCGGUGCUGCUGGCGCGCGUGUCGGCGCUGCAGUGCCAGCUGCGCGACGAGUGGCUGUGGCGCACCAAGCAGCCGCCCAGGCACAAGCCGCACACCCACAGGCCGGCGAUCAUCCUGACGCACGGCACGCUCUCGUGGCAGCAGCUGCAGCUCCUGAUGAGCCGCAGCACCACCCCCGACCUGCUGAAGAUGCAGUACAAGCUGGAGGAGUUCUUCACGCAACAGUUCAACUCCUCGCGCCGCGUGCUGUCGGCGUUGCAUCCGUACCCGGCUAGAAGGCAGCACUCCACGGCGCCCGGCGCGACACCCGGAGCUCCGGCGGCGGACAAGCCGGCGGACGGGCAGGCUCCCCCGGAGCUGCGCCACCACCGACACUGGCAGGAGGUGCUGCGUGCCGCCGCCGGCAUGCGGCCACAGCUGCCUACUGACGACACGGUCCUCGGCGGAACGAUGGAACUGCACGGCGCCAACAUCUCGCUGGCGUGCUUCCACGGGAACAGCUUCAAGGCCAAGUCCUGGGCGCUCUUCAGCCUCAAGGACCCCUGCAUCAGCUUCGCUACGGAAGCCCAGCAGCUCCCCAACGAUGACGGUGAACUGGAAGUGAACGUAACGCAGUCCCUGACGGCAUCGCUGGGCGGCAGCAACGGCGCGGCCAACGGCCACCAAUCAGUCGGCACCGUCUGCCGCAUGACCCGCGCCUUGCUCUUCCCACCGCAGUUCAAGACAUUACGGGAGUGGUUCACGUACGCCUUCGCCAGCAGCGAGAUAGACGCCAUCGAGUUAUUCCCAUCGCUGGAGCUCGCUCGCGAGCGGGAGGCGGGCGCGGGCAACACCAACAGCGCGGAGCGCGAGCGGGAGCGCAAGUCCGCCGCGCCCGCGCACGCGCAGCACCAGCGCGAGGUCAUCUUCGCGCUGCCCGCGCUGCAGCUGCACCUCCGGACCAAGCACCGGCAGAGCCCCGCGCCGCCCACCGAGCAGGACGCGAAGCCCGUAGUGGAGUGCAGCUUCAUCACGGAGUUCGAGGAUCACAUCUUCGUGUCAGUGGAUGCCGAGGCGUUCCUGUUUCUUCACGAUUUAAUAUCGUCCUAUAUCAAGGAGAAGGACCGCGUCAUGCCGGGCACGGGCACGCGCGCGGCGUGGGGGGAGGUGGCCGGCCCGAGGCCGCCCGCGCAGGACUACCGCGACUACCACUGCCUCACCUGGCACCUAGAGCCCACCGUCAGACUGCUGUCAUGGGGCGGCAAGUCCAUCGAGCCGUACGGCGUGGACUACAUCCUGCAGAAGCUCGGCUUCUCGCACGCGCGCACCACCAUCCCCAAGUGGGUGCAGCGCGGCGCGCUCGACCCGCUCGACAAGCUGCUAGCCCUCGCCUUGCUGCGGCUAGUGGCGCUACUCCCGCAUAAGCCAGUCGCGACCUAAGGACGUCGCAGUAACAUUCAAACUCUUACACCUCCUAUGGCACACCCUGGACAAACUCCUCGCCUGUUUGGUCGCUCAAAAGUCAAUAGCGGGUUAAGUGCGAUGCGAUAAGAUUGAAAUUGCUUUGAUUCUAUUCGGCAGAAGUCAUAUUUCAGGCGUUAAAGCAUUACGAUGAACGCCUCGUCGCAUUACAAAUUAUGAAGUUACAGACUAAAAUAACUGCGUUCACCUCUGCUCUGAGUUUCGUGGAAUUGUGUGGUAACUUCAACACAAGAAACAUUGUGUUUAAGUUAGUACAUUGAUUCACUGUAUCAAAUUGUGCAACGUGGGGGGUAAGUGAAAUUUUGGAGAAGAGAGGGAGUUAUGGCUUUUUUUUACGAUCCAUAACUUCCGCGGGAACAAUAUGGACCUUUGUCUUUCAGUACACCUGCACGAAAUAAGGUAUUUUUCGAGCAAGUGUGAUGAAAAACUUUUUCUUUGUAGAAAACAAUGAGAUACAGAAUAGAUGGCGAGACACUGAAGAUGAACAAUCAUCGACAAAUUUCAAUGUAAACAUUAUAUCUCAAAGAUACUAGUUAAAUUGUCACAAACCAUGUGAACAAGCGCGGAUCGAAAAAUAUGAUUUGAAUUUAUAAGUAACUCGUAUAAACAGCCAACUAAACACGAGUAUCCGUGCGACUGAAUUUUCUUUUUUACAUUUGAAUGUAGUAAUCUUAGACCCAAUUGAGAUUUUGAAAAGAAAAUGAUAACCAAUGUUGUGCUUAAAUUUCAAGAAAUAGAUUUUCGAAAAAAAUGCCAGCAUUAAGCAGUAUAAUUUAACGGUUAUGCUUAUGGCAAAAGGUAACAAUCAUGAGUAUAAACUGGUGUACGGAAUAUCUUCGGUAUAAUGUGUAUUAAUGUUUCUAUGGGACUCACGGAUAGGACGACUCGAACGACAAACAAAAUAUGCUUUAAAUAGAUAGAAUUCUCUGUUAACACGUUUAUGAAUACAAAAUUAUAAUUAUACAUUUAAUAUUAUUGAAUAUGACGGUGUAAUCUUUAUAAUAUAUCUGAUAUUAUGGUAGUAAUUGAUUUUAAUGUUAAGUACAAUUGAUCCUUCAUAUAAAUAGUCGAAAUCGUCCAUUGUAUACCUAAUUAAAUUUUCCUUUUUAUUCCAAAGAUAUUAUUAUAAUGUAUAAUGGUUUGAAUACUUUUGCCUAUGUAUGUUUGUAGUUUUUAAUGUUGUGAACGGGGUAACAGACACUUUGGUUAUUGCUUUAGUCCUCAAAACGAGAUAUGUAGAUAUAUUGGAAAUGUGAGUAUUGGGAAAAACGGUGUGGGCAUAGCACCAUCGCUCUGCUAGAAACACAACGAAGAACAUAGGUGAAUUGGGUAGGACAGUGUGGUAGUGGUAGCUCUAGACGUAGCUGCUGACCCCGACACGACAGCAGGAUCGGCGAUGGCGCAUUUACUUGUUGUUAAGGUUCGCCCCUCACGCGUUAAUCAUAUCUAACCUAUACCUACCUGUAUGUUUUCUUUAGUAUUCCUUGACGAUAAAUUAAAAUGCGCCACAGAAGGUAGGGAAUCGUCCAACUACCGUAAAAUGCUUUAAUGUUUGAUUAGUCGGACUGUAUUAUUUUUUUACGCUAAAAUUGGAUUUUGUAUAAAAGUUACAAUUAGUGUGUUCAGUGGAGUCGCUGCCUCUUGUGCUGUGUAUAGCAGGCGGCCAGCAAUAAUAGUUUCUUGUAGUGUAGGUACAGGCGAGGCUUGUCCCGUUCCGUACGAGUAGGCUGCAAGUUGAAGUCGUUGGAAAUACUGACAAAAAAUAAUCGGAAGUAUUCAGCUAUAUUAUAGUAGUAGUCUCUACACAUUGGCUAAACGAGUACGCCUGUAUACGGUGCUUUAAAAAUGUUGUUAAAAAGAAACACGUGACACAGUCUUUCGAGAGAUGACAUUUCCAUAAAUACAAAGUGUUGUACUUCAUUGUCCGAAUGACCGAGUCACAUCGUUUUUAAUAACUUUAUUUUAAGGCCAAUAUGAAGAAAAAAAAACUAUAAAACAAACUAACCGAUAUGAGUAGGUAUCAUUUGUCCCAGUGCAGUAAAAAAGUUACAGUUGUGGUACAUUCGGGGGUUUAUCGCCCGUAUUACUGACGACGAUCGAGCAAUCAUUAGGUAAAUUCGCGAAAGCGGCAGCUCUGUAUAAAUUUGUAUAUUAUGUUAUUGAGUAAGUAGGUCGAAGUUUCUUAUAUGUACUGAUUAUAUUUUUAUUAUGGAACUGGUAACUUGUACAUAAUGUGAUACGAAUAAAUUAUUAGA